CCCUUGAAUUCAUGGUGUAAGAUUAUUGCUUAAGUUGUUUAUGUUGCUUCAUUGAUCAUGCUGGUAAAGAUGUCAAACCAGCUGCUUAUAAGUGGAAGCAACCUGAACAUUUCUCCCAAUAUAUUAAUCUUCUAUCACGUAUUACUUACAGUUUGAUGUUGGAAUGAUAUAUAUCUUUUUCUUUUCUUUUCUUUUUCCUUUUUUUUUUUUUUUUUUUUUUCUUUCGUAUGCAGAAUAUACCAGUAGAAUUUGCAAUGAAGAUAAAGUAUUUGCUUGGUGUUUCAGAAAUUGUUAAGCUUCAGGUUUCUGAUGGAAGAGAGUGGUGUGUCCGGUUCAUUCAUGCCUGUGGACAUGGGGGGCAUGGGUCAAAAAUAAGCAAGGGCUGGAUUACAUUUGUAAAGGAAAAUAAUUUGGUGGAAGGAGAUAUUUGUGUCUUUGAGCUGGUCGAGGUUAAGGAUGUUGUGCUAAAAGUUUCCAUAUUUCACAUCGCGGAGUAUGCAGGGCAACCAAACCUACCUCAUGAGUUUGAUGAAAGAAAAUAUUCAAAGAACACAAAUCAAAGAACUGUUUCUAGAGGACCAGUAAAAAACGAAGCAAGAGAGAGGGAAAUUAAUGCUGCAACAAUGUUUAAGCCUGAAAAUCAUUUCCAUAGGGUUAUAUUGCAUUCAUAUAACCACUCUUUCCUGAAUAUACCAUCAGAAUUUGGCAUGAGGAUGAAGUAUUUGCUUGGUGUUUCAGAUAUAAAUAUGGUUAAACUUCAGCUUUCUGAUGGAAGAGAGUGGUAUGCCCGUUGCAUUCAUGACAAAUUAGGUCGACAGGCAAAAUUGACCAUGGGUUGGGGAACAUUUGUGAGGGAAAAUAACUUGGUGGAAGGAGAUACUUGUGUCUUUGAGCUGAACAAGGCUAAGGAUUUUGUGCUAAAAGUUUCCAUAUUUCGCACUGUGGCGUAUGCAGGGCAAGCAAAACAACCUCUGGAGUGA